AUGGCAGAGGCCACAAACAGAGGAUCCAAUAGGGGGUCCCAUAAUAGGCCCGGAAAUAGGGCAAACAACAGGGGAGGGAAUAGGGCGGCCAACCGAGGCGCCAACCAUUCAGCAAAUCGGAUGGCAAACGGGGUAGAGAAGGUGACAGAAAAAGAGAUUGAGAAGAAGAAUUCCUCAAUUGAAUCCGCUAAAAAAAUAUCAAAUGAGACCGAAAAGGCCACAAGUCAACCAGCAAAAGAAACGCCUAAUAAAUUAGCCGAUAAAGUGGCAAAAGAGACGCCUAAUAAGUUAGCCGAUAAAGUGGCAAAAGAGCCCCCUAAGGAGGAUGAAAAGAAGGCUGCGGAUGAUAGUAGUAAAGGAACCCAGAACGAUAUCCUCAAGACAGGAUCCUUCAAAAGUCGAGAUGGACUAGAGCUGAUGACAUACGAGUGGGUUGUGGACAAGCCCAUUGGUAUCAUAAUACUAGUUCAUGCUCUAAACUCCCAUGUGAGAUUUGAAUACCUAAAGCAUAAUGUCAUAAUAGAGAGCAAGGAGAAAGCUAUUCUGAAGGAUGCAGAUAAUUACUACAUUUACAAAGACAGUUGGAUUGAGCAUUUCAACAAAAAUGGUUAUUCAGUCUACGGGUUAGAUAUGAGAGGCCAUGGACAGUCAGGGUGUGUCAAAAAUGUGAAGACUCACAUAAAUAAUUUUCAAGAUAUAAUUAACGAUGUGGUGCAGUAUGCUAACAUUGUAUACGACUCAUUAUGCGGACAAGGGGAAAAGAAAAAAGAAAGAAAAAAAAAAACAGAAGGUGGUGGGGGUGUUGACAAGUCUAUUGAUGUGGAAUCCUCCCUUACGUCAACCUCCGAUAAUGACCAAACAUUACAAGGAACUCAUAUCACGCCUGGCAAUUCUCCAUCCAGUACGGAACAAACCCCCAAUGGUGCCAACAAUAUCAGAAAAAAUGACAUUCCUCCAUUCUACUUCAUGGGUCUUUCCAUGGGAGGAAAUAUCGUUUUAAGAAUUUUAGAAUUGAGAGAUAAAAAAGGAGAUGAAUCUAUUAAGCGUUUAAACAUAAAGGGAGUGAUUAGUCUAGCGGGUAUGAUUUCUUUAGAUGACCUCAAGAAGAAGCCAGAAUAUAAAUACUUUUACAUACCUAUAGCGAAAAUUGCAUCUGCUCUUCUUCCAACCAUGAGAUUGAGCCCUUCUUUGAAGUUUGAAAUGUUUCCUUACAUUAAUGAUCUCUUCAGUUUCGACCCCCACUGUUACCAUAAAGCCAUAACGAACCGUUUCGGGAAUGAAAUUUUAAAGGCAGUAGAUACCUUACACAAGGAUAUGAAAUUCAUUCCGGAAGAUGUACAUAUAUUGGUUGUGCACUCUGUACUGGAUAGCGCUUGUUCGUACACUGGGGUGUCGAAAUUUUUUAAUGCUCUUAAAACGAAGAACAAGGAGUUGUUCACCCUUGAGGACAUGGACCAUAUUCUACCACUGGAACCCGGCAAUGAAAAAAUUCUGAAAAAGGUUAUGGACUGGCUUUCUCACCUGCAGUGCGUCAAAGCAUAA